AUGAGAUUGAGUUUGCUAGCAUUACUAGGAGUGACUCUGCUUGCUGGUACAUCUAAAGCAGUCGUGACACAAUUACCCUCUGAUUCAAUGAUAUCAACUAAGAAAUUCCUGCAGACCUCUGCUGGAUCAAAAGUAGCUUCUGCUCAGAUCACAGGCACUACCACUACUUCGACAGGCAAGAUAUAUACUUAUGGUGGGUACACCUACGUAGAGGACACCUAAAAUCCAUUUGCUGAGUUUAUUAUCGGAGUUAUCAUGAUAACCUUCUCAUUCCCCAUUCUAUGGAAUAAUGAAAGAAAGCAAGUCAAGAUUGCUGCACUCCUUAAGAAGGCUGAAGAAGAGGCGGUAGAUGUAAUUGACUAUAAAAAGCCAGAAGAUACCCAAAAUUUUAAACUUCUAUAUGCUAGCGGUUAAUCUAAAAAUGAUAGUAUACUAGAGGAUGAAAAAUUCGGUAUUUAAGUAAAAAAUGCUGUCAAGUUGGUCAGAAGAGUAGAAAUGUAUCAGUGGGUUGAGUAAACUGAAAGAAGAAAUAAUGUCACUGAAUAUCACUACAGAAAGGAAUGGAGAUCAAGUCUUCUAAGCAGUGGUUGUUUCAGAGAUGGCUCCAAAACUAAUCCCUCAUCCAUGCCAUUCAACAAUCAUAGUGUCUAUGCUCAAAAGGUAGAAUUUGGUGGAUAUAUUCUCUCUUAAUCCUAACUGAACUAGUUCACAUAGCUGAAAUCUGUGGAACUAUCAGAUGAAAGAAUUAAUAUUGUGAGGGAUAAGAUUCAUGACUAAGUCAAAGAGAAUGGCUACAAGGAACCAACCAGAAGUGGAGAAUUCAUUUUCUUAAAGAAACAUGACCAUCUGAUACCAGAUACUGAUGUUGGUGAUAUCAGAAUUGCUUUUGACUAUGUCCCCUGCGGAGAUACUACAAUCAUGGCUCAGCAGAUAGUAAGAAAUAAUCAGUACACAUUUAGACAAUGGAAUCCUAAGAAAUCAAACUGCCCUGUUGAAGAAAGUAAUGACCCUGACCAUGAAACUGUUUGUCUACUUUGUGCUUGCUGUCCAUGUGCAAGAGUUGUGGAUAGCUGCUUCUAAUCAAUCUUCAAGGAGACUAUUGAAAUCGUUGAUGAAUCUUUGAUCAAUCGAAAGGAAUUGAUAGGCAAGAUGCAAUCAUAGAAUGACACUACUACAGCUCUUAUUAGACUUGGUGGAUGGGGUCUUCAAUAUCUUGGAAUUUGCCUACUGUUCAGUCCUAUUAUCUACGGUUUAUCAUGGAUCCCACUCGUUGGAUACCUUAUGGCUGGUGGAUUCAAAUUUAUUGUAGCAAUCUUUGCCUUUGUAGUCUCGGUCACACUUACUUCAUUGACUAUUUCAUUGGCAUGGCUCUAUUACAGACCUCUCUACGGGUUAUGCCUUCUUGGAGUGGUAGCCAUAGGAGUAAGUCUUAUUUUAUUUCUCUGA